CUCGCGUCCCAGCCCUUGUUGCAGAGAGCAGAGUGGUGAAGAGGGAGCUGUUCCAUCUGCUGGUUCACUCCCCAGCUGGCCGGAAAGGCCUGGCCCAGCCAGGAAACCGAACUCCAUCUGGAUCUCCCACUGGAAUAGAAGAUGAACUCAGCUGAAUUCAGUGAAGAUGUAGAAGAAGUUCUGAAAAAUAACACUGUGAAAGUGGAGACAGAGGCCGAAGAUGCUGCCCUGGACUGCUCAGUGAGCGCCAGGACUUCUGAGAAGCACCCUCUGGACAGCGUCUUCACUGCCCUCCAGGACGCCGGCAAACGCAAGCAGCCCGACUCGGUCCCCAGCGCGAAGAGGCGGCGGCUGAUCCCCGAGGCGCUCCUAGCUGGCAUGCGGAACCGCGAGAACAGCUCACCCUGCCAGGGCAACGGGGAGCAGGCGGGCAGGGGCAGGAACCUGGGCUCGGCGUGGCCAGGUGAGGAGGAGCCCAGCGGCGACAUGGCCACCGCGUCCUACAAGAAGCCUCUGUACGGCAUCUCGCACAAGAUCAUGGAGAAGAAGAACCCCCCGCCCGGGGACCUGCUGGGCACCUACGAGCUCCUGGAGAAGGCAAACCCUGGCAGCAGCCCCUCCCCGCUGCGGCUCCUCAGCGAGCCCCAGAAGCGGGACUGCGGCACCGCCGGGGCGGCCAGCGACAGCGACCCCAACAUCUACUUCCUCAUCCAGAAGAUGUUCUACAUGCUCAACACGCUCACCUCCAACAUGUCCCAGCUGCACAGCAAGGUGGACCUGCUCUCGCUGGAGGUGAGCCGCAUCAAGAAGCAGGUGAGCCCCACGGAGCUCGUGGCCAAGUUCCAGCCGCCCCCCGAGUACCAGCUCACGGCCGCCGAGCUCAAGCAGAUUGUGGACCAGAGCCUGUCCGGCGGCGACCUGGCCUGCCGCCUGCUGGUGCAGCUCUUCCCCGAGCUCUUCAGCGAUGUGGACUUCUCCCGCGGCUGCAGCGCCUGCGGCUUCGCCGCCAAGCGCAAGCUGGAGUCGCUGCACCUGCAGCUCAUCCGCAACUAUGUGGAGGUCUACUACCCCUCGGUGAAGGACACGGCCGUGUGGCAGGCCGAGUGCUUGCCGCAGCUCAACGACUUCUUCAGCCGCUUCUGGGCCCAGCGGGAGAUGGAGGACAGCCAGCCGGGCGGCCAGGUGGCCGGCUUCUUUGAGGCCGAGCAGGUGGAGGCCGGCCACUUCCUGGACAGCAAAGACCAGGAGGAGGCGCUGUCUCUGGACCGGAGCAGCACCAUCGCCUCGGACCACGUGGUGGACACGCAGGACCUCACCGAGUUCCUGGAUGAAGCCUCGUCGCCCGGCGAGUUUGCCGUCUUCCUCCUGCACCGGCUCUUCCCCGAGCUCUUUGACCACCGCAAGCUGGGGGAGCAGUACAGCUGCUACGGCGACGGUGGCAAGCAGGAGCUGGACCCUCAGAGGCUGCAGAUCAUCCGCAACUACACGGAGAUCUACUUCCCGGACAUGCAGGAGGAGGAGGCCUGGCUGCAGCAGUGCGCCCAGCGCCUCAACGACGAGCUCGAGGGCCUGGGGCUGGACGGGGGCAGCGACGGCGACGCCCCGCGGGACGACUGCUACGACUCCUCCAGCCUGCCCGAUGACAUCUCCGUGGUCAAGGUGGAGGACAGCUUCGAGGGUGAGCGGCCCGGGCGGCGCUCCAAGAAGAUCUGGCUGGUGCCCAUCGACUUCGACAAGCUGGAGAUCCCGCAGCCCGACUUCGAGCUGCCGGGCGCCGACUGCCUGCUCAGCAAGGAGCAGCUGCGCAGCAUCUACGAGAGCAGCCUGUCCAUCGGCAACUUCGCCUCCCGCCUGCUGGUGCACCUGUUCCCCGAGCUCUUCACCCACGAGAACCUGCGUAAGCAGUACAACUGCAGCGGCUCCCUGGGCAAGAAGCAGCUGGACCCGUCCCGCAUCAAGCUGAUCCGCCACUACGUGCAGCUGCUGUACCCCCGGGCCAAGAACGACCGCGUCUGGACCCUGGAGUUCGUGGGCAAACUGGACGAGCGCUGCCGGCGCCGGGACACGGAGCAGAGGCGCUCCUACCAGCAGCAGCGCAAGGUGCACGUGCCGGGCCCCGAGUGCAGGGACCUGGCGAGCUACGCGGUCAAUCCCGAGCGGUUCCGCGAGGAGUUCGAGGGGCCCCCGCUACCCCCCGAGAGGAGCAGCAAGGACUUCUGCAAGAUCCCCCUGGACGAGCUGGUGGUGCCCUCCCCCGACUUCCCCGUGCCUUCUCCCUACCUGCUGUCGGACAAGGAGGUGCGCGAGAUCGUGCAGCAGAGCCUGUCGGUCGGCAACUUCGCCGCCCGCCUCCUCGUCCGGCUCUUCCCCGAACUCUUCACCGCCGAGAAUCUCCGGCUGCAGUACAACCACUCCGGGGCUUGCAACAAGAAGCAGCUGGACCCCACGCGGCUGCGGCUCAUUCGCCACUACGUGGAGGCCGUCUACCCCGUGGAGAAGAUGGAGGAGGUGUGGCACUAUGAAUGUAUCCCCAGCAUCGACGAGCGCUGUCGCCGGCCCAACAGGAAAAAGUGCGACAUCCUCAAGAAAGCCAAGAAAGUGGAGAAGUGACAGGUCUGCGCAGGCCGCCCCCCAAGACGUGGGCUGGCCACGAGCCCGAGCCGGCAGGGUCCAGAGUAGCGCCCGGCAUAUGUUAAGUGCUUGAACACGUGUGGAAGGAAAGCAGACUGGCGGGACUGGCGCAACAGAAUGAACCGAGAGAAGAACACACAAAGAUGGGGCUGGAUCUCCA